AUGGUCGCCGUUCUCGUCAUCAUCGCCGUCAGCAUGGCGGCCUUCUUCGCGUUUAUGUUUACGCGCACGACGAAGGUGGCGAUGGACCCGACGAUGUUCAAACAUUUUAGGCUGAUCAAGCGCACGGAGGUGACCCAUGACACCUUCAUCUUCCGCUUUGCCCUCGAGAACGAGGCGCAGACGCUCGGACUUCCGAUCGGGCAGCACAUUGUGCUCCGCGCCGACUGCACAACGGCGGGAAAGACGGAGACAGUUACGCACUCCUACACGCCCAUCUCCAGUGACGACGAGAAGGGCUACGUGGACUUCAUGAUCAAGGUGUACUUUGCCGACGUGCACCCCAGCUUCCCGCAUGGCGGCCGGCUGUCGCAGCACAUGUACCACAUGAAGCUCGGCGACAAGAUAGAGAUGCGUGGGCCGCAGGGCAAGUUCAUCUACCUGGGCAACGGCACCUCGCGCAUCCACAAGCCGGGCAAGGGCGUCGUCACGGAGAAGGUGGACGCCUAUGCGGCCAUCGCCGGCGGCACUGGCAUCACCCCGAUCCUGCAGAUCAUCCACGCCAUCAAGAAGAAUAAGGAGGACCCGACGAAGGUGUUCCUUGUGUAUGGCAACCAGACGGAGCGUGACAUUCUACUGCGCAAGGAGCUCGACGAGGCCGUCGCCAACGACACCCGCUUUCAUGUAUGGUACACCAUCGACCGCGAGGCGACGCCAGAGUGGAAAUAUGACAUUGGCUACGUCCGCGAGGAGAUGUUCCGCAAGCACCUGCCCGUGCCCGACAUGCUCGGCGACGACAGCGUGCCGCAGAACGCCGGGAUCAAGAAGGUCAUGGCGCUCAUGUGCGGCCCACCGCCGAUGGUGCAGAUGGCGAUCAAGCCGAACCUGGAGCGCAUCGGCUACACCGCCGAUAACAUCUUUAACUUCUAA